AUGGAGUCCGCUCAGCAAGGAGGUCUCGAGCGGGACAAGCCAGGCCCUACCUCUUCUCCUGUAUCCGUCGUCUCCAAUUUCUGGAAAGAAUUUGAUUUGGAAAAGGAGAAAAGUGUACUUGACGAACAAGGUCUUAGAAUAGCUGAGAAUCAGGAGAACAGCCAGAAGAAUCGACGGAAACUUGCAGAGAGCACUAGAGAUUUUAAAAAAGCUUCAUCGGAGGACAAGUUAGGUUUAUUCAACUCUUUACUUAAGGGAUACCAAGAAGAAGUUGAUAACCUUACCAAGAGAGCAAAAUUUGGAGAAAAUUCUUUUCUUAAUAUAUAUCAGAAGCUGUAUGAGGCUCCAGAUCCAUAUCCAGCCCUUGCGUCAAUUUCUGAACUAGAUCUGAAACUGUCCGAACUAGAAUCAGAAAACCGGAAAAUGAGGCUUGAGCUAGAAGAAUUCAGGACAGAAGCAACUCACUUAAAGAAUCAACAGGCAACAAUAAGAAGACUAGAGGAGCGCAAUCGUCAAUUAGAGCUGCAGAUGGAAGAAAAAGUGAAGGAGAUUGUUGAAAUGAAGCAACGUAGUUUGGCUGAAGAAAACCAAAAGACCUUAGAAGUGUUGAAAGAUAGGGAGCAAUCCUUGCAAGAUCAACUACGACAAGCUAAAGAAAGUGUUUCAAAUAUGCAGAAAUUGCACGAACUCGCACAGAGUCAAUUAUUUAUAGUUCAAGCUCAAUCAGAUGAAGAAAAGGCUGCAAAGCAAUCAGAGCUCAAUCUUUUGAUGGAUGAAGUUGAGAGGGCUCAAACACGGCUUCUUAGUCUUGAGAGAGAAAAGGGUGUCCUGUGGUCUCAAUUACAGUCUGCAAAUGAAGACACUGGAAGCAAGAGAAGUGACAAUGUGGAUUCUAGUAGUAUGCUGGAGAAUUCUCUAAGUGCCAAAGAGAAGAUUAUUUCUGAAAUGAACAUGGAACUUCACAACAUUGAGACAACCUUGGCAAAUGAACGGGAACAGCACAUAAAUGAGAUUAAAAGGUUGAAUGCACUGAUCAUCGAGAAGGAUGUUGCUAUUCAGGACGCGAAGAAAGAACUUCAAGCUAGACCUACGCCAAAAUUAGUGGAUGACUUGCGUAAAAAAGUGAAAAUUUUGCAGGCGGUGGGCUAUAACUCAAUAGAGGCAGAAGAUUGGGAGGCUGCAACUAGUGGUGAGGAAAUGAGCAAGAUGGAGUCCCUUCUUCUAGAUAAAAAUCGGAGAAUGGAACAUCAAGUGACACAGUUGAAGGUCCAACUUUCUGAGAAAUCAUCCUUGCUGGACACAGCUGACAGCAAGAUUAUAGAGCUUACUUCCAAGGUUAAUGAGCAACAGAAGUUGAUUCAGAAAUUGGAAGAUGAUAUUUUGAAGGGUUAUGGUUCCAAAGAUCGAAAGGCCAGUUUAUUUGAGGAUUGGGACCUCUCAGAGGCAAGUGGAGCAGAGUCAUCUGAGGAUUGA